UUCACACAGACGUGGGCAUCGCCAACCCCUAUGUGUGGGCAGGGUCCCUGGCCACAGGACCCCAGAGAGUCCCAUCAGUCCAGUAGCCAGACCUUUUGUGGGAUCGCCUGACAAUCCUGGAGCUCCACUUGACCCAAGCCCACGUGCUGCAGCCUGGUGCCUGGCCAUGACCGUCACCUACUCAAGCCAAGUGGCUAACGCCCGCUUGGGCUCCUUCUCCCGCCUGCUGCUGUGCUGGCGGGGCAGCAUCUAUAAGCUGCUGUAUGGCGAGUUCCUCAUCUUCCUGCUCAGCUAUUACAGCAUUCGCUUCAUUUAUAGGAUGGCCCUCACAGACGACCAGCAGGUGAUGUUCGAGAAGCUGACUCUGUAUUGUGACAGCUACAUCCAGCUCAUUCCCAUUUCCUUCGUGCUGGGCUUCUACGUGACGCUGGUCGUGACCCGCUGGUGGAACCAGUACGAGAACCUGCCGUGGCCCGACCGCCUCAUGAACCUGGUGUCGGGCUUCGUGGAGGGCAAGGACGAGCAGGGCCGGCUGUUGCGGCGCACGCUCAUGCGCUACGCCAACCUGGGCAACGUGCUCAUCCUGCGCAGCGUCAGCGCCGCCGUCUACAAGCGCUUUCCCAGCUCGCAGCACCUCGUGAAAGCAGGCUUUAUGACCCCCGCGGAGCACAAGCACUUAGAAAAAUUCAGCUUGCCACACAACACGUUCUGGGUGCCCUGGGUGUGGUUUGCCAACCUGUCAGUGAAGGCCUGGAUUGGAGGUCGAAUCCGGGACCCUAUCCUGCUCCAGAGCUUGCUGAAAGAGAUGAACACCUUGCGUACUCAGUGUGGACACCUGUAUGCCUACGACUGGAUUAGUAUCCCGCUGGUGUACACGCAGGUGGUGACCGUGGCGGUGUACAGCUUCUUCCUGGCUUGCCUGAUUGGGCGGCAGUUUCUGAACCCAGCCAAGGCCUACCCCGGCCACGAGCUGGACCUCGUGGUACCCGUCUUUACGUUCCUGCAGUUCUUCUUCUACGCUGGCUGGCUGAAGGUGGCCGAGCAACUCAUCAACCCAUUUGGAGAGGAUGAUGAUGACUUUGAGACCAACUGGAUUGUCGACAGGAGCUUGCAGGUGUCCCUGUUGGCUGUGGACGAGAUGCACCAGGACCUGCCCCCGAUGGAGCGGGACAUGUACUGGAAUGAGCCAGAACCCCAUCCCCCCUACACGGCUGCUUCCGCCCAGUCUCGUCGACCCUCCUUUUUUGGCUCCACCUUCAACAUGAGUCUGCAUAAGGAAGAGAUGGAGUUCCAGCCAAAUGAGGAGGAGGAGGAAGAGGGCGCUCACCCUGGCAUCCUUGGCCGCUUCCUAGGGCUCCAGUCCCAUGACCACCAUCCCCCCAGGACCAACUCAAAGACCAAACUACUGUGGGCCAAGAAAGAAGUCCUUCUCCAUGAGGGCCAGCUCAAGAACCUCGGGGGGGCCAGACAGAACUCUAGGGACCAGGAAGACAGCAAGGCCUGGAAGAUUAGGGGGGAGGACGCCUUCAAGUCCGCUGCACUGUAUGGGAGGUCGGGCUACCACAGCGCCCCCCAGACACCGCUCAGCCACACGCCUAUGAUCUUCCCACCCGGACAGUCAGCGCCCUCCAGUCUUUGCAGAGUCUCAGGCAUAGACGGCAGUGUCAAAGAUCAAAGCCUACAGCUUGUGAUGCCUGGGACCAAGAGGAGUUUUGAAAUGCUCCCAGAGAGUCCUGGGGCCUCAAUGGAGCACCCAGAAUUGUGUCAUUUGAAGAGGAAAACUGUCGAAUUUAAUCUGACGGAUAUGUCAGAGGCCCCCGAAUGUCAUCUCAGAGAACCACAUUUGGAACAGUCGACAAGCAACAUACACACCAUACUCAAAGAUCAUGGCGAUCCCUAUUGGGCAUUGGAAAACAGGGAUGAAGCACAUUCCUAAGCCUGCUUCCCACGGGAGAUGGAUGCUUCACCGGCCUGGUCCUACCUGCGUGUACACCAGCGGGACACUGAUCCAGUCAUAGCCACAUAGCUGUCCACACUGAAGAAUAUAUUCCCAUGACAGCCUGAAUUAAAUGGGUUAGCUUAAUGGACAAGAAAAAUCAGUAGUUUCAGGACUACUUCAGCCUUUAAAUGCCUUUUGUACCUAACAUAGCUAGAACAAGCUACUGGAAAUAUUAAUUCAAAACAUCAAAUUCAGAAUCAGGAGUCCUCAAGCCCUCUCUGAAUUCAGCACACCCAAGCCUUGGUAUCUUUCCGAAACUAAGGAGUUUAAUAAAUACAAAUCCUCCUA